ACUUUUUUCCUUCAUGUGACAGAGAUUGGAACAUGGCGCUGUCCAUGGCUGGCACGAAUACACUAUCUACUGGAUGAUAUCUUUGUUUUAAACAGGUUUUGCGUUUGUUCGUGAGUUUAAUAAACCAGUAGGCACUACAGAAUUUCUUUUUUUUAAAAUUAUUUUUACUGUUGAUGUGAAACACAAAGGACAAAGCAUGUCGGGGUCAAAUGUAUGGAGUCGUAGCCGAGAGAGACUGAGACGGUUCCCUGAACUGUUAGCUCAGUGUGCAGAUGAGGCAGCCGUUUAUGGGAAGUGUGUUGCUGCUACAGCAACAACUGGUAAACAGGAGCUGAAGAAGGAUCUGUGUGCUACAGAGUUUGAGGCACUGAAGACCUGUUUUACAAACGCAGCCAAGAAGAAAACCAGAUGACACAUUUGGACUGAUCUGUGGGAGAAAACUUUCCAAGUGGAGCUUUGAUGUGAUGUUAUGAUAGAGAAGACAAACUAUUUCAUUUCAGUCGAUAUUUAUGCAAACCAGCAAUCAAUAAUGUUGAAUAUAUUUUAUUGGAUCUUUUUAUAAGCAAAAUAUUAUACAUAGAAAAAUCUGCUUGUAAAAAUGAUCUUGAUCGUCACAGGAGAGACCAGAAAAUACAGACUUGAUUUCCAA